AUGGCUAAGCGCAAGAGGGAGGAGGCCAGUAAAGAACCUCAGGCUACUACAAAACCGUCGAAAGUGGUCAAGCCUACCACCAGCCCUAAAGCAACCUCAUUGUCCGCAACUAAUAAUCCUGGUGUCACUCUGCAAAUAAUUACGGGAUCAUACGACCGAAUCUUGCACGGUUUCACUGCUGCGAUCUCUCCGGACAGUCUUUCAUCUCAGGGGUCUGAAAAGUCCCCCACCAGCUCGGUGCAAUUUACAGAUACCUUCCUCUUCGAGGCUCAUUCAUCGGCUAUCCGAUGCCUUGCCUUGUCUCCUCAGUGGAAGACAGACUCGACCGAAGAAUCGCAAAAGAUUAUCCUGGCGACCGGUGGCACGGAUGAACGCAUUAAUCUGUAUUCAUUGUCCAGUGCACCUCCCGCUGUCAACGACGAAUUCCCUUCGAUUCCAACGCUCAGCGGUAACAAGAUCCUCGAAAACCCUAAAAACCGAGAAUUAGGCGCCCUGGUCCAUCAUUCAGCCAGCAUUUCCGCUUUAUACUUCCCAUCCCGCUCGAAACUUCUGACGUCCUCGGAGGAUAACACCAUCUCCAUCACUAAGACCCGUGACUUUACCGUGGUCUCUACCAUCAAGGCUCCUCACCCGAAGGUUCAGGGAAGGCCCAGCGGUGACACAGCACCCCCCGGGGGGUCUCCUUCCGGCAUUAAUGACUUUGCCGUGCAUCCUAGUAUGAAAUUGAUGCUCAGUGUUGGGAAGGGUGAGAAAUGUAUGAGGCUGUGGAAUCUUGUCACCGGAAAGAAGGCGGGAGUGUUGAACUUCAGCCGCGAAAUGCUCCAGGGCGUCAAAGAAGGCAAAUGGAGUACCGGGGAAGGGAGAAAAAUUGUGUGGAACGCUAAGGGGAAUGAGUUUGCUGUCGCGUUCGAAUGGGGCGCCGUCGUCUUCGGAAUAGAUUCGACCCCCAUCUGCAGGAUAGUACCCAGUCCGCGGAGUAAACUCCAUCAGAUGAGGUAUAUUGCACGAGAUCCAUCUGCCGAGGACGGUGAAGAGCUGCUCGCUGCCUCGACUGAAGAUGGUAGAGUCAUUUGUUACUCUACCAAGAAAGUACAGUCACCCGAAAACGAUCCCGACUGCUCUAUUCCAUUUGGUGAGGCCGUUGCCCAACUCGGUGGCAAAGCCCAUGGUUUCCCCGGGAGAGUGAAGGACUUCGAAAUCUUAAGCCUCCAGAACGAGCCAUCUGUGCCCAAGGAUGGUUUCCUGGUGGUGACUGGAAACAGUGAAGGUGUUGUACGCGUAUGGCUUCUACGCAAGGAAGAGCUUAUUGAAAAGAAGAAGAAGAACUCCAAGGAAUCCACCAAGACCCAAGACGGCAACGGUUCCGGAACGGCACAAGUCGGGAAGUUGCUAAACGAGGUCAAGACCGAAAACAGGAUCACUUGUCUCAAGGCAUUCAUUAUGUCACCACCCGAAGAUCCAUCAACCUUGCAAGUCUCGGACGAGGAAUCUGAGGAGGAAGAGGAAAGUGAGGAGGAAUCGGAGAGUGAUGAGAGUGAUGAGGAAUAG